UCAGCCUAUAUUGUAGGACAUGUUAAAUGAAAGCAUGGAGUUUCAGAAGCUAAGUGAUAUCGUCUUUUCGGCCAUUAUUUUCUGCUCAAUGUUCGUUAGAAAAAGUAUCUCAGUCUGGUCGUUGUUCCGUUUAGAGACAAAUUUAAAUAACCUACUGUUCAACCACGGUCUUUUGGUUCAGCUAAAUGGCAGUUCUGUUUCAGAAUGCUCACUGAAAUGUUUGAUGAUGGACAAUUGUGUCUCGUUCCAAAUUCAGGACGACCUUGAACUCUGUCGGCUGUACUGGACACACUUCCUGCUAUCUUCAACAGGAACGCCAUCUAAUGGUUGGAAAACGUACUCUUCUGUUGGUUCAUGCAAAAAAGGACACCUAUAUGCCAGACAAUAUGGUUAUUGUUUACAUUAUGUCGGUCAAUUAACCGCUAUUCAAGGGACAGAUGUAUGCCGAGACAACAGUGAGGAACUCAUUAAAGUGGAUUCACGGGAAGAGAGUGUCUUUGUUAGUGGAUUAGCAUAUUCAUUUGUGAACAAUACGGAAGGCCAAGGAAGCAAUAAACUGAUUAUCGAUGGAGUAUUUUCUAAUGAAGCUUGGGUUUCGUUAUUUGGAGAUCGAUCCAGUUUAAUAUACACAAAUUUCUUCAAAGACGAGGCGCUCGGUUCCGAAAAUGACAGGGUCAACAUCCGUCCGAGUAGCUCCACCCACAUAGCUGAAUAUGAUUGGACCUCUCAACCGGGAUUGCACAAUACGCGGACCAUUCUAUGUAGGUAUUAUCCGAAAAAAUGUCAAAUAGGCAAACCUCAAAAGAAAACAGUUGCAAUUGAGUACCAAUGUUCAUGAACACCGUUUUCUGUGUUGAGCAAAUGUUUUGAAUAUUUUAUUUAAAACGCUUACAGAGUAAUUGAACUUACAGAAUACAAACUGACGCUAAUAACAAGUUUCUAUACAUUAUGUAAUAAUGUUUAUUUAAGUAAUUGGUGUUUUAAUUCCACCAAUAACAACGAAGACGUCAAUUAUACUGAAGUUAUUAUUACAAUGGAAUCAAUUAAACGCUGAAAAUACAGAAAAAUGAUAGGCUUUAGUUGCACAAUGUACAUGUUAUAAACUUUAAAUGUGUUUGACUUCAUGUACAUAGAUAUAUUUUUAUUUAUCAAUGAACAAUUUUGGCAAGUUUAUGUAGCUAAAAGUUCAAACAACGAAUUUUAAAUUGACUCUGAAAAUGCUUAAAAUAGGCUACGGUUUCAUUUUUUGAAAAUGCUGUAUUUACAAUUUUGCGAGAUGAAACAAAUCAAAUAACGCACUGAUGGAUAGCUAACGAUAUUUUAAAUGCCUUUAUUCUUCAUAUUUCUUUGAAAGCAAUGCAUUUCCAUUGUAUGUCUCUAAUUUUUACGCCGUUUCAUAAUUAGAAAAGAAAAUUGCAUCAUUAUGUAUUACCAAAUCAAUACUUGGAGAUUAUUUAAAGUUCUUUGAACAUUUUAAAAAAAAAGUCGCCUCAUCUAUUUUAGUAAUAUUAUUACUCUUUCAAGAAAAAUCAUACAUAACAUCUUUGGGAAUAUUCAUGUUAUUUUAGAUAUGGAUGAUUGAAAACAAAGACAUUUGGUCAAUAAAAGAGUCGGGUUUUAUAAUAGUGACAAUUGUUGUCUUAUGGUUAUUCUUUUUAUAAAUAGAAAUAUAUUGGUAACAAUGGCAAAAUAUGAUCAUAAGAGAUGAUUUAAAAAGUAGAUAUAUAUUGCAAAAUAUAUGGAAUGAUUUUUUUCUUUGAAGGUUGUUUCGAGUGAUUGAUGUCUUAUUUUAAAUUGUUAUCAAUCAUUUCCUUCUUUUGGUAUUCAAAACUUCAUGUUGUAUUGGCUAAUUACUAUUUUUCUGCAUUUUGUUUCUCAGAGGUCUAAUAUAUAAAAUAGUAUGAGUGCUUUACAUUGAAAUAAAAAAAAUAAGGCAUAUACAAGGGAUUGGGCUCUGAGUUAACUCUUUCUAAAAUACGUUAGUGGCAACGAACUAGGGCCCUGACUAAACUCUAAACUUUCUAAAAUGUAUUGAAUUUAAACAUCUCACAUUUUGAAGAGUAAGUGUUCAUUCAGAAUUACAUUAUGACAAGAUCUAGUUACACCAUAUAGUUCCUUAAACAAAUCAAUAAAGUUUAUCAAGUAAAGAAAUCAAAUAACAGAAUGUCGUCUUCGAAUGAAUAGAAUUGCCACCAUAACUCUUCCAAAACUACGAUUUUUCAUUUUUGACAUUGCUUCAAUAUUCUUUUUGUCCUCUGAUUGUAUUAAAAUAAAUUUGUACGUAUUUAAACUUUUGUUUGUCAUCCUUUUAACAGUGCAGUUUGAAAACAAGUAUCGAGACGGGAUUGACUAUCGUUAAAACAUUGUAGGAAGACUCCAUCUUGUCGACAGUCAAUCGGAUUGUCUUAGAAACUUAAAAUCCUUCAGUGACAGUAAAUUGAGACAUCUGUGUCUGCAUAAA